UACAGGAUAUUUUUUGUGUUCCUGUGCUGGAUGAACUGUGGUUUCUCACUGAGAUGAUGAUCUUUACCUUAAACUAGUCCUAAAUGUAUUUGACAGUCUGAUUGGAUGGAUUUUAAAACAAAAGCUUGUUCUUGUCUUUCUCUGUGAUGAUGUUUACUGCGUUCUACUAAAACCUGAGAAAAAAAAACCAACCCUCUGGCUUCCUGCGCACAAUCCCCUGUCUCCGCCUCUUCUCCUCUUUUGGAAAAAGCCAAUCCACUUUCUCUGCCUCGUCUCCUCUCUCGGAAAAAGAAUCCCGACUUUUAAGCCCAAACCUUCUAAUGGACUCGGCGGAGGUGGGCCCAUGCUCUCUGAGAGAACCUCCACACAGCCCUGCUCCUGCUGCCUCACAGCUUUGUAGGAGUGUUCAAACAGAAGUGUGUACAAAUUUCAGUGGAGGGACAUCAGACUCUGAGGGACACAUCAGCCCUAUGGACCAACAGAAACAUGUAAAGGAUGAACCUGAAGAUGAUGGUUAUGUCUGUGGAGCAACGCCAGGCCCAGUGGGACAUGCCACACCUGUGGAUGAACUGAAAUGUAUAAAAAAGGAAGAACCUGAAGAUGAACAUUAUCUCUGUGGAGGAACAUCAGACUCUGUGGAAAAUGUUAACCAACAGGGAGGAUUUCAGAGCAAACAUGUAAAAGAGGAGGAGUCUCAAGAUGAUUACAUCUGUACAACAAAAGUCUUGGAAUCCCGACCUUUAAGCCCAAACCUUCUAAUGGACUCAGCAGAGGCGAGACCAUGCUCUCUGAGAGAACCUCCACACAGUCCUGCUCCUGCUGCCUCACAGGUAACAGUUAGACAGGUGUGGGGAUACACUGAGGGACACAACAGCCCUGUGGACCAGCAGAAAUAUGUUGAGAAGGAUGAACCUGAGGAUGAAGGCUAUAUCUGUGAAGCAAUGCCAGACCCUGUGGGACAUGCCACACCUGUGGAUGAACUGAAAUGUAUAAAAAAGGAAGAACCGGAAGAUGAAGAUUAUCUCUAUGGAGGAACAUCAGACUCUGUGGAAAAUGUUAACCAACAGGGAGGAUUUCAGAGCAAACAUGUAAAAGAGGAGUUGUUUCAAGAUGAAGAUUACCUCUGUACAACAAAAGUCUUGGAAAAAGAUGCCCAGUUACAAGUCUUCUCCUGCUUCUGGUGUUCACGUUCCUAUACAUCUCAAACUUACCUCUUCAAACACCUCACAAGGUGCCACUCUGAAGAAUAUGAGAGACUGAUGAAAUCAGGAGUGAUAAAGAAUCAGAAUCUUAUGCUGGCAAGAAACUCCAGUAUUCAGAAAACAAUCUCUGAUUCUCUGCGAAUGCAGAAAGAAGUUUAUCAGUGCUUGCACUCUGGGAAGAGUUUUGGUGACCAGAAGAAUCUCAGAAGACACCAGCACAUUCACCCAGGAGAAAAACCAUAUCACUGUUCACAGUGUGGGAAGAGUUUUGUUCGACAGGGCGAUCUCCAUAUACACCUGCGCAGUCACACAGGAGAGAGGCCGUAUCACUGCUCAGAGUGUGGGAAGAGGUUUUUUCGACAGAGUGAUCUCCAAAUCCACUUGCGCGUUCACACAGGUGAAAAGCCAUAUCAGUGUUCACAGUGUGGAAAGAGUUUUGUUCGACAGGGCGAUCUCCAUAUACACCUGCGCAGUCAUACAGGAGAGAGGCCGUAUCACUGCUCAGAGUGUGGGAAGAGUUUUAAGCAACAGAGUCAUCUCCAGACGCAUCAGCGCAUUCAUACAGGAGAGAGGCCGUAUCACUGCUCACAGUGUGGGAAUAGUUUUGUUCGACAGAGUGAUCUCCAGACACACCAGCGCAUUCACACAGGAGAGAGGCCGUAUCACUGCUCACAGUGUGGGAAGCGUUUCACCCAUCCCAGUAAUCUCCAACGACACCAACUUGUUCACACAGGCGAGAAGUCGUAUCACUGCUCACAGUGUGGGAAGAGUUUUUUUCGACAGAGUGAUCUCCAAAUCCACUUGCGCGUUCACACAGGUGAAAAGCCAUAUCGCUGCUCACAGUGUGGAAUGAGUUUUGCCCAUCCCAGUAAUCUCCAACGACACCAACGCGUUCACACAGGAGAGAAGCCAUAUCAUUGUUCAGAUUGUGGGAAGAGUUUUAUUCAACAAAGUGAUCUCCAGACACACCAGGUCAUUCACACAGGAGAGAAGCCCUAUCACUGCUCACAGUGUGGGAAGAGUUUCACUCGACUGAGUACUCUGAAAGCACAUCAGGUCAUUCACACAGGAUAUAGUGUCUUCAUCUAUAUCUUCUCAAGGAUGGGUAAAUGCACCGCUUACAAGUGUGAAAACCAUGAUUCGGGACCCAAGAAAACACUGGGACUAUCAUGGCAUGGCUAUCCUUUGAAGGAACCAAGACGUUUGGCCGAGUGGCUUCAUCAAGUAAAGCGAGAAAACUUUACUCCUGGAAAAAGUAGCAAAUUGUGCAGUGAGCAUUUUACAGAAGAUUGUUUUGUGGAGGACUUGUAUGAAAAAAUCACUGGGAAGAAGCGAGACACGAGGCAGAAACGACAACUGAAGCCAGACGCGAUCCCGACUUUGUUUCACCACAAAGCACAGACAGCACGACAACAUACUGUGUCAUGCAUCAAACAGAUGGAAGAUAAGCAGAGAGAAACGUGUGCAGCUUUAAUUGGAGAGGCCUUGAGCUCUCUGGGAGACGCCAUCUCUGUGGAACAUCAUGAACAUGUAAAAAAGGAAGAACCUGAAGAUGAAGACUACGUCUGCAAAGUGACAUCAGGUUCUCAAGGAAUGACCCCUGUGGACCAACAGAAGAAAGAAGAAUCUGAAGAUGAAGAUUACUUCAGUGGAAGAACAUCAAGCUGUGCGGAACACGUGACCCACGUGGACGAACACAGUGGAGAAGUUCUUAAGAAGGAAAUAAAAGAGGAAGAGUCUAAAGAUGAUGACUACCUUUGUACAACAGUCUGUGAAAUGAACAACACCCAGUUACAAACCUUCACCUGCUCCUGGUGUCCACUUGUCCAUAUAUCUCACAUUGAUCUCCACAAACACAUCAGAAGAUGCCACUAUGAGGAAUAUAAGCAACUCCUGAAAUCAGGAGAGAUGAAAUAUGAGAAACCGAUGCCUACAGGAAGAUCAGUCGGCCGGCAAACAAUCUCUGGUCCUCUCGACUGUAAUAUUACUCAUCAACAAAUGCAAGAAGGAAUCGUUCACUGCUCCCAGUGUGGGAAGAGUUUUACUGACCAGAGUACUCACCAAAAACACCAAUGUAUUCACAAAGUAGAGAUGCUACAUCACUGCUCAGAGUGUGGGAAGAACUUUACCCAACAGAGCCAACUCCAACACCACCAGUGCCCUCAUACACAGGAGAAACUGUAUCGUUGCUCACAGUGUGGAAAGACCUUCACUGGGAAGGACGCACUUCAAGCACACCAGCGCAUUCACACAGGAGAGAAAUCACAUAAUUGUUCACAGUGUGGGAAGAGUUUUGCUCAACAUGGCAAUCUCCAACGACACCAGCGCAUUCACAGUGGAGGGAAGCCGUAUAAGUGCUCACAGUGUGGGAAGAGUUUCACCCAGCAGGGUAAUCUCCAACGUCACCAACGCAUUCACAGUGGAGAGAAACCGUAUUACUGCUCACAGUGUGGGAUGCGUUUUACCCAACAGAGUAAUCUCCAACGACACCAGCGCAUUCAUAAUGGCAAGAAGCCGUAUCACUGUUCACAGUGUGGGAAGAGCUUUAUAAACAGUUGCGGUCUCCGAACACACCAGCUCAUUCACAAUGGAGAGAAGCCACAUCAGUGCUCAGAGUGUGGGAAGAGUUUUAUGUACAAGAGUGAUUUCCAAAUACACCAGCGCAUUCAUACAGGAGAGAGGCCGUAUACCUGCUCAGAGUGUGGGAAACGUUUCACGACCACAAGUAACUUCCAACGGCAUCAGCGCAUUCACACAGCAGAGAAACCACAUCGCUGUUCACGGUGUGGAAAGAAUUUUAUUCAUGAGAAUCAGCUGCAAAAGCACCAGCGCGUUCACACAGGAGAGAGGCCGUAUCAGUGCUCAGAGUGUGGGAAGAGUUUUAGUUACAGGAGUCCACUUGAAAAACACCAGCGCAUUCACAGAUCAGAGAAACCGGUUCAGUGCUGGGUGUGGACAGAGAUUCAGUUGUUUAGAACUGAAGAUACACACGUGGACCUACAUGGAGCUAUCACCUUUAGACCUCUUAUAAUGGAAUCACCACCAGAGGACUACCUGGGCUCGCUGAGAAAAUCUCCACACACUCCUGCUCGCUCACUGAUUUUGGGGGAUGCACAGACAGAAAUAGGUGGAGGGACUUCAAGCUCUUUGGGAGAAAUCACCCCUGGGGACCAUCAUAAACGCGUCAAAAAGGAAGAACCUGAAGAUGAAGGCUACCUCUGUGCUGGGACGUCCAGCCCUGUAGGACACGUCACCCUUGUUGACCUGCAGAAACGUAUAAAAAAGGAAGAACCUGAAGAUGAACCCAAUCUCUGUGAAGACACAACCGUGGGACAAAUUACCCCUGUGGACCAACAGAGUAAAGGAUUUCAAAGUAAGCACAUAAAAGAGGAGGAGUCUGAAGAUGAAGGCUUCAUCUGUACACCAGCAGUCUGUGAAUGGAACGAUGCCCAGUUAGAAGUCUUCACCUGCUCCUUGUGCUCGCGUUCCUAUACAUCUCAAAUUUACCUCCACAAACACAUCAGAAGAUACCACUAUGAGGAACAUGAGAGACUGAUGAAAUCAGGAGAGAUUAAACAUGAGAAUUCGAUACCUACUAGCAGCUCCAAUAUUCAGCAAACAAUCUUUGGCAGUCUGAACUGGAACACAUCUAAUGAAGUGCAGAAAGAAGUCUAUCCCUGCUCACAGUGUGGAAAGAGUUUUGCUCAACAGAGUGAUCUCCAAAUACAUCAGUGCAUUCAGGCAGGAGGGAAGCCGUAUUGCUGCUCGCAGUGUGGGAAGAGUUUUGGUCGGCAGAGCACUCUCCAGCAACAUCAGCACAUUCACACAGGAGAGAAGCCACACCACUGCUCAGAGUGUGGCAAGAGCUUUGGUCGACAGAGUACUUUACAUCAACAUCAGCGCAUUCAUACGGGAGAGAAGCCAUUUCAGUGCUCGCAGUGUGGAAAGAGUUUUAUUACUAAGCGGUAUCUGAAAGCACACCAGGUCAUUCACAAGGGAGAGAAGCCGUAUCACUGCUCAGAGUGUGGGAAGAAUUUUAUUCGACGGUCAAACCUCCAGAUACACUGGCGCAUUCACACAGGAGAAAAACCAUACUGCUGCACAGAUUGUGGGAAAAGUUUUUCGCAGCAGAGUUCUCUCCAACAACACCAGCGCAUUCACAUAGCAGAGAAGCCAAUUCAGUGUUCCCAAUGUGGACAGAGAUUUACUUAUUCUGGUGCAUUUAAAGUACACAAAUGCCCCAAAAUGGAGCCAUCAGCUUGUGUAGCGUAACGUAAAUUAAGGAACGUUGCUAUAAAGCUAAUUUAUCGAGCUAGCAUGAUUUGUUUAAGGUAUGUAUACACCGAUCAGUCAUAACAUUCUGACCUUUGAGAGGUGAAUUGAAUAAAAUUGAUUGAUUGAUUUAUCUCAUUACAAUGGUAACUGUCAAGGGGUGGGAUAUA